AUGGGCAGGCCGGAGGGGCGGGCCAGGCCACCUCUGGCGUCCGUCAUGGUGCUCUUCCUCCUGGUGCCCUCUCUCCUCUCCACCGGGGUCUUCAGCCUCCCACAGCCCCUGCCAAGAGUCUUCCUUUCCUUUGAGGACCUGCAGGCCUCCCAGUCCUUUGAACACUACAGUAUCUCAGACAAGGCCAUGGACUACAGGAUCCUGCAGAUGGACGAGGACCAGGACAGGAUGUAUGUGGGCUGCAAAGACCACGUCCUCUCCAUGGACAUUAACAACAUCACCCACGGCACGCUUAAGGUGUUUUGGCCUGCGUCCACAAGCAAGAUAGAAGAAUGCCAAAUGGCGGGAAAGGACCCAACGCACGGCUGUGGGAACUUCAUCCGGGUGGUGCAGCCUUAUAACAGAACGCAUUUGUUCAUGUGUGGCAGCGGAGCGUACAGUCCCGUCUGUGUGUACAUCAACAGGGGCCGCAGACCGGAGGAACAAGUAUUUCACAUCGACUCGAGGACUGAAUCUGGAAAAGGGAGGUGCUCCUUCAAUCCACAAGUCAAUACAGUCUCCAUCAUGCUCAACCAGGAGCUGUUCUCAGGCAUGUACAUUGACUUCAUGGGGACAGAUGCUGCCAUCUUCAGGAGCCUGACCAAGAGAAAUGCAGUGCGGACAGACCAGCACAACUCUAAGUGGCUUAGUGAGCCGAUCUUCAUCGACGCCCACCUGAUACCUGAUGGAACCGACCCCAAUGACGCCAAGUUGUACUUCUUCUUCCGCGAGAGGCUGACGGAUAACAGCGGAAACACUAAAAAUAUCCACACCAUGGUGGCCAGAGUGUGUCCCAAUGACAUCGGGGGGCAGCGGAGCCUGGUGAACAAAUGGACGACCUUCCUCAAAGCCAGGAUGGUGUGUUCGGUCCUGGAGGAAGACGGCACCGAAACUCACUUUGACGAGCUGGAAAGCAUGUUUUUGCUGGAAACGGAUCAGCCCAAGGGCCUGUUGGUGUUUGGAGUCUUCACGUCCACGAGCUCCGUCUUUAAAGGCUCGGCAGUGUGUGUGUACAACAUGGCCGACAUCCUCACCGUCUUCAACGGGCCCUUCGCCCACAGAGAGGGGCCCAACUUCCAGUGGGUGGCCUUCCAGGGGCGCAUCCCUUAUCCAAGGCCCGGAACUUGUCCAGGUGGAGCUUUCACACCUGACAUCCAGACAACAAAGGAGUUCCCGGACGAGGUGGUGACCUUCGUACGGAACCAUCCGGUCAUGUUCAACCCCAUCUAUCCAGUGGGGAGGAGACCCCUGGUGGUCCGGACCAACGCGGACUACAAAUACACAUCAGUGGCUGUGGACCAGGUCAUGGCUGCCGACGGCAACUACCAAGUGCUCUUCCUGGGUACAGACAAAGGUACAGUGCAGAAGGUGAUUGUGCUGCCAAGCAAUCACUCCCUGCAUGAAGAUCUGAUCCUGGAGGAGCUGGAAGUGUUUAAGAAUCAAGCUCCUGUUACAAACCUGAGAAUAUCCUCCAAAAAACAACAGCUGUACGUCAGCUCGGAGUUCGGGGUCUCGCAGGUCUCCCUGCACCGUUGUCACGCUUACGGCUCGGCCUGCGCUGACUGCUGCCUCGCCAGAGACCCCUACUGCGCCUGGGACGGACUCAGCUGUUCCCGCUUCUAUCCCACCGGCAAAAGGCGAAGCAGACGGCAGGACAUUAUGCAUGGAAAUCCUCUCACUCAGUGCAGAGGAUUCAACCUAAAAGCCUACAGAAACGCGGUGGAGAUGACGCAGUACAGCGUGAAAAACAACACCACCUUCCUGGAGUGUCUUCCCAAGUCUCCCCAGGCCUCGAUUCGCUGGCUUAUUCAGAGGGACAACGACAGGAGGAAAGAGGUGAAGCUGAGCGACCGCGUCCUCUCCACGGAGCACGGCCUCCUCAUCCGCUCCGUCCAGCUGUCCGACCAGGGCCUUUACUACUGCCUGACCACGGAGAACAGCUUCAAACGCACCGUCGCCAAGAUCCGCCUGAGAGUGCUGAGCGAGGCCAUGGUGAGCAUGCUGACGGACAAACAGCAGUCGCCGUGGGCCUGGGCCAGCUCGUUGCACCCGAAGGUCCUGUUGGCAGCCUUCAGUCCUGCGGAGAGCCUGGCCGUCCAACAGUACUGCAAAGAGAGGAAGGAGCUCCAGAACCUGCAGCAGAGGCAGCAGCAGCAGCAGCCUCCGCCGCCUGGACCUCUCAGGGGGGACCUGGCCAAACUGAAGCCCCUGCUGGACCGGAGGAAGAGCCGCAACCGCCGCAAUCACCUCCCGGAGGUCUGACACAGGGAUCAGGCUGCUGCAGAGACUGACGCACACACCUCCCUCUGUUUCUAUACCCAGAUCCUCAUUUUCCAACCCUCAUCUCAAACUGCAGAGCUGCACUGUGGCAGCACAGUCAAACGAGGAGGUGGGCGCGGGGAGUUGUUAUUCGCAAAUAUCUCUCUUUCUUGCAUGAGGCACUGUGACCAGAUGGCUGUGACAUACACCAGUACCCACUCACAGGCACCCACAAGCCGUUCAUCACAAACCGAAGUGGCCCUGCUGUGAGUGCCACUCAUGAACUGUGGUCUCAGGUGAUAUUGCUAAUAAUUCACCACGAGAUGCAGCUGUGAUAUUGUCAUAUCUUAGAUAUUAGAGGGGAAAUUGGACUUGCUGAGCUCUCAAUGGGUUUGUCCACAAAAAGAGGAGGUCAUGGUGGUAAAUAAAGGUGAUUUGAAAAGGGACAAAAAGGGAGACGGAUGCAUGUUUGACAGUAGCUGUGUUUCCAUCCACGUGUCAACUUUUGAAAUGUCGCAAAAAAAGAAAAGAAAAACAUGCAAAUUAGGUGCGUUUCCAUCAAUAGAUGAAUAAACUACACUACACAAAGCUUAGCUUGUCAGAAGUUGGCAGUAUAGGCAACAUUACGCAUGGCUGUAAUAAACAGAGUAGAAGAAGUAGAGGUUGUGAAGCCAACUGCCGAUAAGCCUGAAGAAGAAACACAACCAGUCGCCUUGGCGAUCUACAAGAGAAAAAUGAAGGGCAGCAGCUUCUUCUUCUUCUCCUCUCAGAGUGGAAACAGCUCGUCAGUCAUGUAAGUCAAAAACGUCAAAACUUAAUGGGAAAAGGUGUUUCCGCCUCCCAGUAUGCACAUUAAUAGAUACACGAACCAGAACCAGCUUUCAUCCACCUUUUCUAACGCGAUACUUUAAAAUGCGCAUAAAAAUCCGUUGAUGGAAACACGGCUGGCGAGUGCCCUCUCUGUGUAUUACACUCGUGUUUUAUUAGGUCCUGCUCGCAUUUCUAUUUUUACUUUGAACUAACAAAAUUGUCUCUGUUCAGUGAGCUGACAUGCAGGGUCAUUAAAAGUGGGUUGAUCGACAGCAGCUCUGUUCAUACGACGUCCCCGUAGAGAGUGCUGUGUUACAAUGCUGCGAGUUAAAAAUGGAUUAGUUUAAAAGGCCAAACUUGACAUGCAGUGCUGAAGUAAUAGUAGAAAAUGUCAGUGUGAGCUGCAAACAUCUCACAUCAUCUCUCCUGUAUUUAUUCCCAUUACUCGGACGUACAUCAUGCAAGAGAAUGUGCCUCACUGUAAUUCAGCUGCAUAUCAUAUCGUACGUCCCUUGUUUCUUGCACAGAAGCAUGUUUAUAGAAAUUCAUGAGUAACGUAGGAGUCUCUUAAUCCGUGCCGGGAUUAGAUUUCAGCAACCAAAUUAGCAGAUACGCACAUUUUAGUACAAGCUGGAAAUACGGAGUUUACAUGAUGAGGUACAGCAGAUGCUGAGACAUGACAGUAUCCUUCUCUGGAUCCACAGUUUCCACAUUGUUUAUGACAAAGUGGACACUUUUAAUUCAGUAAUAAUCAGUGAGGUACAUCAUUUGUGAAUAGACUUUUUUUUUCCGAAGCGUAGUUAAUGUAGAUAGAGAUUAUUUGUUGCUUGUGUACAGUAUUUUUUGUUCGUUUCAUCCUUUUUAAUUUAAUGUGGUGCCCGGUUUUGUGGAAAUGUUUUCAUUGUGUAUAUAAUUUCAUCAUACUUCACCAGCUACGACUGUAUCUGCAAAUUGCAGAGAUAUACUACAGUAUUAUUUUCAUUUUGAGAAAAGACUUUCCAGCUGUACCUUCCCUCAUACAGAUCUCUGCUCCACGCUGAAUAAAACUGUGUGACCAGCA